AAAUUUAAGCCACCCUUCUCUCCUCUCCUCUACUCUUUUUUCUGUCCGAAAUUCUAACACUGCCCAACACGUAGUUGCUUCUUCUUCUUUUAUUCUUUCUUUCUUUCUUUCUUCGGGGUUGGGCUUUUCGCUGAAGCCUUCCUUCCUCUUCCCCUAAUUGUUCGCAUCUCCUCUCGAUUUCCCCAUUGCCCCCUCCCUCCUUCCAAUUGCACCUUAACCGUUCUGUGAUUCUUCUCCGUUGCUGUUUCUUCUUGUCGAGGAAGGGAAAAACCGAGAUGGGCAUGGCGGGUGAGGUGGUUAAACUGAAGCGGGCGGCACUAGAGGCAUGCAUGACAUGCCCUCUCUGCAACAAGCUGCUCAGAGAAGCUACCACCGUCUCUCUCUGCCUCCAUACGUUCUGCAGAAAAUGUAUAUAUGACAGAUUCUCAGAUGAUGAAGUUGAUACCUGUCCUGUGUGUGAUAUCGACUUGGGUUGUCUGCCAGUGGAGAAACUCAGGCCGGAUCACAAUUUGCAAGAUUUAAGAUCCAAAAUGUUUCCAUCCAAAAGAAGAAAAGUUCAUCCUACUACCGAGGUUGUCACUUCAGUUGCAUUGCCAGCAAAGAGAAAAGAGAGAUCAUUAUCAUCUCUGGUUGUUAGCGCUCCCAAAGUGCCUGUACAAACCAAUUCGACCGGGCGAAGAUCCAAAGCUGGUCCAAGAAAAAAUCCUGGAUUACGAGGAUGUAGUUUUACUACCGAAGAAUCAAACAAAGAUGAAGAAGAAGACUCUGCAGAAGAAGAUCAUCAUCCAAUCAGCUCAAGCUCCCCCGAGUCCCAGAAUAAAAUUCCACAACGGAAAAGGCAGCAUUCCUCUGCUGCUGAACCUUCUAAUGAACAGAAACAAAUGGAUGUAAAUAGCGAGGAUGAUGAUGGUGAAGUGGUGGAAGGGAAAGCUGAUCUAUGGACACCCUUAAACUGUCUAGUUGAAGCUGCUAACACAACUAAGUCAUUGACGUCGAACUCACAACAGGUGCAGUCCGUUGCCAACUCAGAAAUUUUGUCCACUGGGCCUGACCUCAAAUCGAGAAACGUAGAUACGCAAUUGAAUGUAGAGUCUCCUACUGUUGGUCAGGGUGGAGAAACAUACAUCCUCCCCGAAAGGCAAAAUAAAGAACCUGAUCAGGGACUCAACAGUGAAGAUGAUGGUAAGGGGUCAAAUAAUCUGGUUGCACCACCGAUGAAGCGUAGAAGGUUAACUGCAGCAAGAAGGAGGGAAGCUUUGUUAGAAGAGCUCAGUGCCUCGGCACAGGCUGUACUGGAUUCUGCAAUAAACAAGGUCAACCGGAGAAACUGCCCAGUUUGGUUCUCGUUGGUUGCCUCAGAGAACAGGAGGGGAGAUGCUUCACUACCACAGAUUCCUGCUUGUUACUUGAGGAUCAAGGAUGGUAAGAUGCCUGUGUCAUUCAUUCAGAAGUACAUUGUGAAGAAACUCGAGCUCAGCAGUGACACUGAAGUGGAGAUAAUGUGCCAAGGGCAGCCGGUGGUUCCAACUCUGCAACUGCGCAACUUGGUGGACUUAUGGUUCCGGAAUGCAUCGACCAAGAGAGUGGAAGUACCUGUGGGUUCUUCUGCCAGGGACUUUGUAAUGGUCUUGUCUUACUGUCGUAAACUACAGCAGCAGGCUUCUUAGAACGUACCCCCCUCAUAGUUUUAGUGCCUUUAUCCCUUCUGUUAAUCUUGCUUUACUUACUCUCAUCCCUUCUCCCUUUAUUUUUUUCCAUAGGUUAUCGAGUAUACAAAUGUAUGAAGGUAUAUGAUUAAAUUCAUUAUAUUGGUUAGCAACUUCAGUUCUUCAAGUAAUGCUUUACUGUUGAAUAAGUUUAUGCAACAUGAAACCUAGGCAUUGUAAACAACACACAGCUAAGGAACAAUCAAAUAGUAAUGAAUAAAUCAAUCUAUUGAGUAACA